CAGCGCUGGGGAUGGGGCGGCCCUGCGGCCGGCCAAGCGAGAAACUCCAGAUGAAAAUGGCAAAUCCCAGCAAUCUGAGACACUCUUUAUGAAGAAGAUGAAGAAGAAAAAGAAAAAGAAACACCGGGAAGAUAUGCGAGGGAAACGUCUGAAAAUGUACAACAAAGAAGUGCAAACCGUUUGUGCUGGACUCACUCGCAUAGACAAAGACAUCCUGAGUCAAGGACAGUGCGACAGCUUAGAAGUAAACAAGGAAUCCUUCAGGUAUUUGAAGGAUGAGCAGCUCUGUCGAUUGAAUCUGGGUAUGCAGGAAUAUCGGGUACCGCAGGGAGUACAGAUGCCAUUUAUGACUCAUCAGGAACACUCUGUUCGCAGCAGCUUCCUGAAAACUGGCACUAAAUUUAGUAACUUCAUUCAUGAAGAACAUCAGUCUAAUGGUGGCGCUUUGGUUCUACAUGCCUAUAUGGAUGAACUCUCAUUUUUGUCUCCAGUGGAGAUGGAGAGAUUUGCAGAAGAAUUCCUUGCUUUGUCAUUCAGUGAAAAUGAUAAAAAUGCAGCUUACUAUGCGUUAGCCAUAGUACAUGGAGCAGCUGCUUAUUUGCCGGAUUUCCUGGAUUACUUUGCUUUUAACUUUCCUAACACUCCAGUGAAAAUGGAAAUUCUGGGUAAGAAGGACAUUGAAACAACAACCAUUUCAAAUUUUCACUCUCAGGUUAAUCGAACGUACUGCUGUGGAACCUACAGAGCAGGUCCAAUGCGGCAGAUCAGUCUUGUUGGAGCAGUAGAUGAAGAAGUUGGUGAUUAUUUCCCAGAAUUUCUUGAUAUGUUAGAAGAAUCUCCAUUUCUGAGGAUGACACUGCCCUGGGGCACUCUUUCUAGCCUCAGGCUUGAGUGCAGAUCACAAAGCGAUGAUGGCCCCAUAAUGUGGGUGAGACCAGGAGAACAGAUGAUCCCGACAGCAGACAUGCCAAAAUCACCAUUUAAACGACGCCGGUCAAUGAAUGAAAUAAAAAAUCUCCAGUACCUACCUCGGACUAGUGAGCCCCGUGAGGUUCUCUUUGAAGACCGAACACGAGCCCAUGCUGAUCAUGUUGGUCAGGGGUUUGACUGGCAGAGUACAGCUGCUGUAGGGGUGCUGAAGGCUGUGCAGUUUGGGGAAUGGAGUGACCAACCGCGCAUAACCAAAGAUGUGGUUUGUUUUCAUGCUGAAGACUUCACUGAUGUUGUGCAGAGACUUCAGCUGGAUCUGCAUGAACCUCCAGUGUCACAGUGUGUUCAAUGGGUGGAUGAAGCCAAGCUAAACCAAAUGAGACGGGAAGGUAUUCGCUAUGCUAGAAUCCAGUUGUGUGACAAUGACAUCUACUUCAUCCCUAGAAAUGUCAUUCAUCAAUUCAAAACAGUGUCAGCAGUCUGCAGCUUAGCCUGGCAUAUACGGCUCAAACAGUACCAUCCUGUGGAAGAGUCUUCACAAAAUGCAGAAGGCAAUUCAAACACGAACAGUAAUGUCUCUGGACAGACAGACUCAGAGGGUGAGCUCCACUGUGUGAGUGUAAAAAGAGAGUCUGAAGAACCAAGUGUAGAAACACAGCUCACAACAGUGGCACCAUCCUCCUCCAUUUCAUCAAUAUCGGGACUUAUGCAACCAGAUCUAGCGGCCCAGCCCCUUCCAGGUUUUAAACUAGAGUCUGAUCAACACGGUCCACAGGAUCAUGCAGGCUCUCCUGUGUGAUAUGUACAUAGUUAAACAUUUUUUAACAACUUUUUAAAAUUUUGAUGUGAAGUUAUAGUUUUAUAAAUGGCUUAUGUUUUAUUGGAGAAAUCUUGCCUAUAAUUCUAUAAAGGUGACAUUCCAAAAUGUCAGGCAUAUCUUUUUUACACAGAUUAUGCAAAGUUCAAGUUGUAUUUAAAUCCCUUAGUACAACAAGUUAUCUUGGUCUACCACUUCUUUCUGUUAAGUAAUGAGGCUUUCAAUAUUUCUUCAAGUCAGAAUGGAAUUCUUCCAGGAACUUUAAAAAAUACUGAACUAUCUUGGUCAGUCUAAUCUCCCUACCAUAUUUUGUCAUUAGCCUUCACUAUAAAGGGAUGACCUGAAAGUGACUCCUAGCUGAUUGUAAUUGCUCAUGAAAGAGAAAGCACAGCACUUUUUGGAUAAUCAGCAAUUUUUGUGGUGUGUCUGUUCUUAAAAUCCUGGUUGAUACUCAAAAUACUAGGUGUAUAGAUAAACUAACUUUUAAUUGUUAGACAGUUGAUAAAAAGGUAGCAUAUGAGAUUAACUGAAGAAAACGUCUGACCCUGUUGAACUGUAAUCGCAUAAGGUAACACUUCUGUAGCACUGUUUGUAAUGCUUGGUGUGAGGAUUUUGCUUCCUCAAUGCAUCUUCCCUGAACACACAAAUAAGACUAGUGUCAAACAAACAAAAAAAACAAACAAAAUUGUUGGCAUUCUCAUGGAGGAAACCUAUCUGAGCACUUUAAAGCUUAAAAUACUAACUUAUUUUUGUUUGGAUCAAGUCAUAAUAAGCAUCUGAUCAAAUCAUCCUUUUUCUGGUACUGAUGCACUUAAUAUACUUGUUGGGCUGGCCAUAGCUGACAUGGGUUCUUAACUCUGAAGUUCUGUAUUGCUGUUUUGCAAUAAAGUAUUAGUCCAGUGGACUGCUGUUUCCACUUUGUAGCUCAUGGGUAUCUUGGUGGGGAAAAAAAUGUCAUGAACUAAUGUCAGGAGUCAUCCAUUGACACAGUGCUUUAUAAUCUACUGCAUUUCUGAAUUUCAAUAUGUAAGCUGUAUUUGACUACUUUCACUUUCUGUUCAUAACAGUCCUGUCCCCCCCCCCCCCUCCCCCCCCCCAGUAAUCCACCUAGGAUAUAGACUUGAUUUUGGUGCAAUUGAGUUGUCUCUGGACAACUCUAUUUUUUCUAAUCCUUGCUGGGGUAGGAGAGAUUUGGAACACUAUUAGAAUAUGUGAAAGAGAAGAUGCUGUGUUAAUUUUGGAUGCAUCUUUUUAAUAUCAACUACUAAGUCUUCUCUUUAUGAAGCUUCUAAAAUAUGUUAAUCUUAUAAAUAUUACUUUGUGCAAUAUUGUUUUGUGUAGACUUAUAUGCAUAUUAACACCUCAGUAAUAGAGGUCACUAUUUGAAAAUGAUAGCAAAAUAAUCAUUGGAAAAUACUGCAGUGAUUUAGUUAGUCUGUAUUACUCCUUAUGUGUAUGUAUGUAUUAUCUUCAGUACAAAAACAAGCUAGAAAAAUAUUUCAAUUAAACUUAUUUACAGAUUGAAGUGGUAGUGACUUGUUUAGUAAUCUGUGUAAAUAAGGUGUUAGAAUGGAGAGCUUUUAUGAAAAGUAAUGUGACUUCAUGCAGGGGUAUAAUUUAAUAUUAGCAGAAAUUCUAGAUUAUUGAGACUGGGUCAGAAAUGGGCCAUCUCUUCUCUAGUGGGUUUUCCACUUUUGUUGAGGAAUUUCAUAGAGCUUUAAGGGUUGUGCAAAGUAAAAUUCCUCGCAGGCAAUAUUGGUUUUCAGCUCAUCCUUCAUCUUCACAAUGGUUAGGAACAAUUGUGUAAUCCUUUGUUAGUUCAUUCUGCUAGUCUUCCAAGUACCCAUUUCCCUUCUCCCAUGUGCUAUUCUCUUUGGGCCACAUUGGCAAAGAUGGCAUCAGUCCAUCUACCUAGGUCAUUGCUGACUAAUGUGACUGUCGCUUGACAGUCAGCACUGUGUACAAUCGCUCAGGAAUCUCUGAAUCUGCAAAGACCUUACAAUCAAAAGAAGCUGUUCAUCUCUUUGUAAAACAUUGUCCCUGUGUUCUGAAAUACAAAACUGAACUUUAGCCAACACAACUUAAGGUUAAGAUGCUCUCCGCAUCACUUUUAUUCCAUUUGAACUUGAAACAAUGAAAAGGGAAACAUUACAUUUGUAAACACAUUGGAAGUUCUCAGAAUUACUUAUAAUGCUAUGCUUUUAAACUACAAAGCAAAGUAGACCAGCAGUUCUUCACACUUACUUUAAAAACAAAAAAAAUCUUAUUAGUGAAAUAGCAAGAAGGCAUAGUUGAUAAAUUCAGUCUGGAACCAUGGUGACACGCAGUUCUUGUAAGGGAUAUGCUAUCUCCAAACCUGGUGUCAAACUGAUGCCCUCUUCAGCAUAAAUGCAGAAUGUAAUUGAUGAAAGAGUACUUCAAGUAAAACUUCACAACACAUUACACCUAUUUUCUCAUCUUAAUUUUGCCUGGCCAAGUUAUGGUAUUUAUGAAGAAAUAUUAAUGUAAACUGUUUUUAAAAUUCAAAAUGCCAUACUGCUUUGGAACUUGGAAUCCAAGAUCCAGCCCUCGGUAAAUGUAGGCACGGGGAGAAUUCCUUGUGAAACUGAUAGCUCACCUGCUUUGUGAACACUGUAUCUACGGUACAGACGCUGACAAAUGGCAACUGAAGUUGUGCCUUCAGAGGCAUAAGAUUUGAAAGCCAUUUACCAAAUAAUAAAUCAGAAAGAAAGAUGUUAUAACUUUUUUAUUUUUUUUUGUCCUGAGUUACAAGUGACAGAUGGACAAGUUCAACCUAUCCAGUGCUAUAUUCAACAAAUCAAAGUUCUGGGUUGAAAAGUGAAAAUACUUGCAAAUAAGUUUCUGGAAAAGUGCAAUAUCUGAUUGCAACUUGCUGUCGGUAAGAAAGAAAGAAAGAAAAUACAACUAAAAAAAUCAGAAUUUAGCUUAAGUUUGCUUCUAUUUCAAUGUGCAAACAGAAUCCUCAACUUCACUGGCAAUUCUAUGGUUGUCUGUUUCAACAGCUUAAUAAGAAUGAGGGCUUCCAAAUGUUAUAUAUAGCUGUAUUUUAUAAAAGGUCUCAGAAAUCCUCGCAAUGCAUAUUUGUACUUAUUGAUGCAUAAGGUCAGUGUAGUGUAAAUGGUUGUAGCUCCAUUGGCAGAGGGCCUGCCCUGUCCUCUGGGAGUUGUUUAAUUACGUUGUUAGACAUUUAAGUAUUUAGUUGAAAUGUGAAAUAAGUUUCUACCUUGUACCAGAGAGAGAUUGCCAAUAGCAGUACUCCAGGAACAUAGAUCCAUUUGAUCUUUCUAAAAUGAAACACUAAGCUGAAAAAGGGCCUGGCUUCUCUUAAUAGAGAAGACCAUUUCUUUACCAAGCACAGAAGAAAAAAAAGUCGUAUUGGAAAAGUGAAUGACCAUAUUGUGCCAGAGAUCAAUUAGUACAACAGAGAAUCUAAAGAUGAGAUCUUAAUAAUUCCCUCUAUCCUCGGGUGUCUAAGAUAUCAUUCUGUUUAGAUACCUAGCCUACUUUAAGAGUACUUUUUGAAGUCAAGUAGCUCAGUUCUUCCGUUCUCUUCCAAGAAGGUGGGACACUCAGUGAAGUGUUCGCAGGGGAGAUGUAAUCCACAUUUUUGCUUUCAAAAUUUUUGCCAUACAGAAAAAGGGCUCUUACUCUGUCAACUAUUUGGUUCUUGUCUCUUGGCCUACUGCUAUUUUACUCGGAGCUGCAGAGUGGACAGGAAUUAAACUCCUUCAUUUGGCUCCUUCUAUGAUUCACAAGGCUGCAUUUACAGGAUUUGCCGCAAAUGCUAAAUGUUUUAAUAGUCUUAUUUUAGCGCCUUUUUGAAAGGCGUGAGGCAAGGGAACACUUAUCUUCACUCCCAGAGGAGGGACAUUCUUCACCUGGAAGCUUGUACUGUAUGAUGUUGGUCUGACAGACUUCUCCCAGCGAUGGCCUUCCACGAAUAUACACGAUACUACUUAGGAUCCAAUAGCACAUGUAGGCGAGAAGGUGUCAUUUAAGGCAUUUCUCAGUUGUGCCUAGAGAAUGCAUAUACUUCUAAUUUCUUUGUACAAUGUGUAAAGAUACUUGUAGUAAUGUUUGUGAUUUUUUUUUUUAAUUAUUUGGUUCUUAAUUGGCAGCUAAGAUUAUUAUUUUUUUCCUGUGGUUUUAAUUUAUCUAAGGUCUCUGCCUACAGAGGACACGUAGGAUUGCCUGGAAGACUGUUUGCUUUGUGCGGCCUUAGUAUAUUUAUUGACAUUUAACAAGUGUUUUAAAGAGGCUUUUAUAAUGAGUAGUGUAAACAGAUACAAAAAUUCUAAACUUCUCUGUGAAUAAUCCUCUAACAGUGCAUUUCUUUUAGUAGCUGACUGUACAAGCGUGUUAAAAUUGUUGAGCUAUUUCUUUGUAAAAUAGUACAAUGGAAUGCAUAGAAUUUUUUCCUGUAAAGUAUUUUUUUAAUAAACAAAGUCUGAUUUUUUUUGUCCUUUA